AUGGAGGACUAUACUCUCAAGACUUCGAGAUUCCAGUACUCGUGUUGCGGAUAUGACUUCGAAUCCGCCACUCCAGAGAAAGCAGACUUUCGCUACGAUUUGAUGACUUUCCUCGGAGUAGCUCAGAAACUCGAAAUUGACUUUCUUCCGAUCACUUGGCAGCCAGGUUUAGACCGUAUUGGCCGGGGCGCAACGGCUGAGAUACGAGAAGCUUCGAUGAGUUUGCAAGCAAGCUUUGCGUUCAAGCGUCCCAUUUUCCAAUCCUCCUUCGAAUUCGACGAACUUGAGGGUCGAAUACUACCAUCUUUGAUAGCUGAGAUCUCUAUCUUGGGUCAUCCAUUGAUUCGCCAACACCCCAACAUCAUCCAACUUGAGGGAAUAUGUUGGGAAGUCUUCUCCGGAGAAGGGGAAAGCGUCUCCAGAGACAGGCCAAUCCAAUCCGCAAAGGGGGGAAUCGUGCCAGUUCUAGUGUUCGAGAAGACAAAUCAUGGAGAUUUACGUGGCUUCAUGAUGAAUGACGCAGGAAAGCAGCUUGGUUUCACGGAGAGACUCGAGAUGUGUACUGCCGUUGCUAAGGCAGUGGCAGACAUGCAUUCAAAUAGCACGUCUCUGUCUACGAUCUAUGGAUUGGGCUACACCGCCAAAGUAGCAGACUUUGGAUAUUCUACCCAAUACGCUACGCCAAUCGACUUGAUCCAUAUGCCUAGAUCUCGACCCUGGGCUGCCCCGGAAUGGCAUCACCGCGGCUUCACGUCUGCACAAGCAACGAAAAUGGACAUCUAUUCCUUCGGCAUGCUGGUACUAUGGCUGUUGUGCUACAGUACGCAAGAAGACUCGGACUCCAAGUUCAUAAGCGACUUAAGCGCAGCAUCUGGAGCAUUGGCCCUUGCACAUCAAGUGAUCCAACUCGCGUCCGAAAACCAGGAGGUCGACCUGAUCGACUUUUUCGACGCAACCCUCACAAGCGAUAUGAUACCGUCAAUGUUUCAAUUUUACCAGAACGAUUAUCGGGUACGCUUGUAUAUAGCCGACUGUUUCUUGAAAAGAGUGUCUGUUUUGGAAAACCGGCAAGACAACGAUCUCACAUCACAGAACAUCCUACUCCAGUGCGCUUUCUGUUAUGAGAUCGGAUUCGGUACUGCAAGAGACAGCACGCGAUCACACAAACUCUUGGAAAACUGUAAGCAAUAUGAGACGGACUUCCAUAGUGAGCUUGAUUCAUUCAGACGCGGGGAAGACUCUCUACAUUUCCAUGAGAGCAUUUACCGAAGGAUGCACAGAAAGGGUCAUAUCCAGAGGAUCGAUCUUGCUCAGAGUUAUCGUGGACAAGAAAGUCUUGACGAAAUCGAGCUGGAAUAUCGGAGAGAGAUCUCAGAUGUAGAAUCCGGACUGGGACAUGGUCAUCGAGUCGUUGAUCUCCUGACAGGCCAACUAUCUUCAAUAUUCUCGCAACAUGGACAGUGGGACGAGGCCGAGCAAUUAGACGUACAAGUCUUGGAAAUGAGGAAAAGGAUGCUAGGUGAGAAGCACCCAGACACGCUGGUUAGUAUAAGUAAUCUGGCGACGGUAUAUAAAUAUCAAGGACGAUAUGAAGAGGCCAAAGAACUGGGGACACAGAUUACAGAGGAGAGAAAAAGGAUGUUGGGAGAGGAGCACCCGGAUACGCUGAAUAGCAUGGCGAACUUGAUAUCAGUCUAUGGGGUUGAAGGGCAAUUGGAAAAGGCCGAAGAGUUGCAAAUGCAGGUCAUAAAGACAAGCACAAGGGUGCUAGGCCCAGAGCACCCGAAUACCUUAAAAUUUAUGGCCGAUCUAGUGGAAAUAUACAUGAACCAGGAACGGUGGACCAAGGCUGAAAAGCUUGAUGUACGAGUCAUAGAAGCGGAAAAAAGGGUGUUAGGAAACGAACACCCCCACACGCUAUUCAGUAUUCUCCAUUUGAUAUCGAUAUAUAGAUUUCAAGGACGGUGGCAGGAGGCCGAGGAGCUAGAUGUGAAAGCCCUGAAAACGACCGACAAGCUUUUGGAAAAGAGGGAUCCUGCUACGCUGACAGUCAUGGCCAAUUUGGCAUCAGUAUACAGAAGCCAAAAGCGGUGGAAAGACGUCGAAGAACUAGAGCUGCAGAUCAUUGCCACGACGAAAAGUGUGUCCGGGGAAGAGCAUGUGGAUACUUUGAGUAGCAUGGGCCAGCUAGCAUCGACAUAUAAAGCGCAAGGACGGUGGAAAGAAGCCGAACAGCUGGAUGUAUUCGUUGUCAACACGGAGAAAAAAAUAUUAGGAGAGAACCAUCCGGAUACACUAAUCAGUAUGAUGAAUCUCGCAUCCACUUAUAGGAAUCAACGAAUGUGGAAGGAGACUGAGGAGCUGGAUAUGCAAGUUAUAGAGUCAAGGAAAAGGGUGUUGGGAGAGGACCAUCCAGAUACAUUGACCAGUAUCAGCAACUUGGCAGUUACAUACUGGUAUCAGAAACGGUGGACGGAGGCCCUAGAUUUGGAAGUACAAGUGAUCGAGACGACGAAGAGGGUGCUUGGAGAGGAACAUCCUUCCACGUUGAUCAGCAUGGCCAGCCUGGCGCAUACUCUUCUCUACCAGGGUCAGACGAGCAAAGCGGUGCAUAUGAUGUCUGAAGUCGCUCAACGUCGCGCGGAGACAUUGGGCUCUGAUCAUCCUGAUACUGUUACUGCGAGAGAUACACUGGAAGGGUGGCGCAAUGAAGACACAGUCGUUGCCUAG